UUACUGGGAAGCCUAUCGUAUAGUUCAUCGGUAUAAAUAUUAAGCGAGGGCUGGUUUAUCAACAUUAGUCUCGACCAUUUGAUCGACACACCACCAUUAUGAUUAGACUUCUCGGUGUGGUAUUACUCGCCGCUUUCGGUAUGGCUGAUAAAGCUCUUUACGAAGGGAGCAAUAAGUUCGCCGUGGAUUUCUACAAGAGUGUAAAAGAUGACAGUUCGAACUUGGUUUGUUCGCCGAUCAGCUUGCAAAUCGCUUUGGCCAUGACCUACGCCGGUGCGGCCGGAAACACAGCCAAAGAGAUGAAGGACGUGAUGCACUUCCCAGACUCUCUGAAGACGACCCUCGAAGGUCACAAAGCCCUACUCGACUCGCUUCAGGAUCCAGUUUUGAAAGUUGCAUCAAAACUUUAUUUGGACGAUAAAUUUCAAGUAAAACAAGCGUAUCAAGACAAUGUUGUUAAAUAUUUCAAUUCAGAAGUCGAAAAUGUACCAUUUGGAACUGAUUCAACUAAGAGUGCUGCCACAAUUAACCAAUGGGUCGAGGAGAAAACGAACAAAAAAAUAACCAACUUAAUUACUCCAGACAGCAUAUCUCCAUUGACUAAAUUGGUUCUUGUGAAUGCCGUUCACUUCAAAGCCAAAUGGAAAGAUGCAUUUAGCGAGAAAUUCACAAAAGAUGCUGACUUUUAUGUAACCAAAGAAAAAAAGGUUACCGUUAAAAUGAUGUAUCAAUCCGGGCAUUUCAACUAUGCUAAUAUUGAAGAGUUGAAGGCGUCUGUAGUCGAAUUGCCUUAUGAAGGCGAUAAAUUCCGCAUGAUGAUAAUCCUUCCCAAUGAGAUUGACGGUCUGAAAGAUGUCGAAGAAAGACUUAAAGCGACCACACUUACAGACAUAUUUUCAAAACUAUCAAAUAUCAAACUUGACCUCCAUCUUCCAAGGUUCAAAAUAGAGAAGACCUUGGAACUAACAAAAACUCUGGAAGAGAUGGGGAUGAAAGAUUUGUUUUCAACCAAAGCAAACUUAACAAAUAUGUCCGAUGAAGACUUGCGUGUUUCAAAGGUUAUUCAAAAAGCCUUUAUUGAUGUCAAUGAAGAAGGUACAGAAGCAGCUGCUGCGACUGAGUUUAUGCUCCUUACUAGAUCCUUCGACUUUGGAAUAAGACUUGUCAUGAACCAUCCAUUUUUUUUCACUAUACGCCAUACACAAUCGGGACUAGACAUUUUUACAGGAAGAUUUAAAAAAAGGAAGCCAAAAGUGUGUAGGACGAGGUGUCAAUUGCGAAGACAAAAUUUACAUUCUUAGCCAACAUUUUUGUUAACGUUUAGAUUGUUAAGAAAUUUUUAUUCAGGUAGGGAAAAAAAAUCAAUAGGAUUGUUGUGAUUGGAGGUCCGAAGUCGUCGAAUGUAAUGUACAAUAUGCUGCAAGUGCCUUUAAUCAGUUCUCUAGGAAUAUAAAUGACGAUACUUUGUAGAAAUCAUGUUCAUGUGAUUACCAAUUUAAUUAAAAAAAAAAAAAAAUGUGUUCAAGCUUUUUAAGAUUUGUAAGUUCUACUAAACAAAAGUGUACAAUAUAUUAUAUGUUUAAAUUUUAAUAUUUUGGAAAACUGUAAGUAAUAUUGUUUUUUGUUUACUUAUAAACUAUUUUUUGUUACAACUUGCUGAUCUGAUUUCACAUUCCAUAAUUAUUGUAUUAAAUAUUAUGAUUAAUUGAAACACCAAGAAAAAUAUAUAUUUAGUUCAGUG